CCAAAUAUUUUUCUCAGCCCUGAAUCUUGAUAUCGAAAAAAAAAUGACACAACACUGUCAGACGAAUUCGGAUGACAUUUUCUUCUGAACAGUUUUCAUUUUCCUUUCGCUGUGGAUUGAGUUGCUGAUUCUUGUACGAGUGCUUGGAUUAGAUUCAAUUGCGUGUUUUCAAAUUAUACUGAUAAAAAAGCAUCCAAAAUGUCCGAUCCGGCCCCACGCCCAAUGAAGUUCCCGUACACUUUCUCGGCUCAGAUUGCCCAGUUCCCGUACCAGCACUACAUCAAGAAUCAGUGGAUUUGGCGAUACUACUUCAUCGCUUUGGGCGUUUCUCUCCCAGUGUUCUACAAAAUCAACAAAUUAGCUAACUCGCCCGGCAAUGUUGCAAAAUGGGCCGAAUCGAAGCGUAAGGAACAUGAGGAACAUCAUUAAAAAUAUAAUUCCAUGAAUAUGGUUUACGUCUAUAGCAAAACUACCAUCAUGUUAUAGAUAUAAGAAAUUAUCUCCAACGUUUGAAGAGCUACAAUAAAUAUUGGAUAAUAUGA